UUCGCGACGGACAGCGGAAAAGUUUUAUGGGCAUUCGACCGGCUUACAUCCUAAAGCGAGGCGCUAAAUAACAAAUAUAAUACAUCGUAUCCUCAUUCGAGAAGGAUAGAAGGAGCUAAAGUAGAUUGUUUUACCGAGAAAGAAUGAGGUAAGAAUGAUGAAUUCCACCUAUUCCGAAAACCUGCACGACAGUGGGUUUUUCUUUGCGCUGAUGUUGACAAUUAUGGCUGUGCUGGCGCCGUUCAUCAUUAUUGGGAAUUUGUUCGUCGUCUUGGCCGUUUACAAAAACUACAAUCUACGAACGCCGACGAACUUUAUCCUAACAAGUCUAGCGGUCAAUGAUAUGAUGUCAAGUGUGGCUCUUGCUCUUGCCUGCUACCCAGCCGUAUUUUCGCAAAAGACCUGGUACCCUAACAUGGCGGACUUGCUAUGGUUACCAAUUUUCACUUUGUGUUCGAGUACACUGCUCCACAUUGUUGCCCUUACCGUAGACCGGUAUAUUGCAGUAACAAAACCGCUUAGAUAUCCUACAUUGGUUACUCCGAAACGCGUUGGUUACGAGAUAGCAUCCAUUUGGAUACUUAGCCUGAUCUUUCUCGUCUUACGCGGUUACAUUGACCUAAACGAAGUUCAAAAUGCCAACCGCGGUAGAGAGCCGCACAGCCUCGGGUUCGUAAUAUUCAGCUUGGUCAUCGUCUCACUUUUGUUCCUUACACUGUUGGUGAUUGUCGUCUCUAACCUCCGCAUAAUGCAGAUCGCCGUCAGGCAGGCAAGAGCCAUAUCGAAUCAAACAAUCAACGAUCAAAAUAACUGCGUCGCACCGGCAGCGGUGGAGCGGAGGCUCAAAGCGGUCAAGACUACCGGCAUCAUAGUCGGUGUUCUUGUGUUUUUUUGGUCUCCAUAUAUCGUGUUCUUCACUCUUCAUUUAACGCCGUUAGCGGACAAAGCAUCAAUGGUCUAUCUAAAUCUUUGUUUCCUGGUAGCACUAGCUAUUUCUGCCGCACUCAAUCCUUUCAUAUAUCAUCAUAGCUCGAAAUAUUUCGAGCUGCGUCAAACAAAUUCAUAUGCUAAGAUGUAUUGCUUUCAUAUAUCAUCGUAG